AUGUUUCUGCCGUUAUCUUUAACGGCGGAGAGAGGGUUAAUUCGGAUUGGCCCUUCAGGUACCUUUUCAGAAAUCCACUCCUUGCUGUCAACGGAUCCUAAGAUGGCAUCUACGAAAUCCAAAUCACCUGCAAAUUCUAAAGCACCAAAAAAACGUAGAAUAUGCACAGGUCCUCCAGUCCUUGUUGCUCCACCCACAAAACCAGGGGAUAGAUGCUAUGAGUUUCGAGAUUGGUUUAAAUGUCGUGCUUACUGGAAGGGGAACCACGAUUUGAAGAGUUUAAUUGCAACUUUCUUGACUCCUGCACAACAGGAUAAGCUUAAUAAUGAUACAUUUCGGUAUAUUAUGGCUAUGGAGAAUUUUAAAUGCAGCAUGAAAUUGGUUCAUUGUUUGUGUCUUUCUCGAAUAUUCACCAAUGAUCGAGACUCCAUUAGUUUCAAGAUUUUUGGCCAUGAUGUAUCGUUCACCCUUGAAGACUUUCACAUUAUGUGCGGUUUGCGGAUCACAGCACAUAACGUUGAAAAACCAAUUAAACGAGAGAGCAAGAUUCUGAAGCGCUAUUUUGGGAAGUCUAAGUGUGCGAUCUUGAAGGACAUUCGAGAUUUUAUGUCCCAGAAUGAAAUUCAAAAGGAUGAUGUGAAUUUCAAACACGUAUGCGAGAGUGAUGAAGAUGCUGUGAAGCUUAUGGAAAUUCUUGUUGUGGAGUCUAUUUUGUUUGGAAAAAAGAAUGAAUCAACUGUGUUGGAGGAGUAUGCAGCUAUUGCUGAAGAUGAUAAGGCUUGUGCUGAAUAUCCUUGGGGUAAUGUGUCUUAUGAGAAGCUCAUUAUCUCAAUGAAACAUGCACUGGACAACCAGGACAAAUAUCAUUCAACUGAGUUACUGGUGGUGGAUUUCCAUUUCCGUUAUGUGCUUGGUUCUAUGAGCGCUUCCCAGAUAUUCGGGAGAAGUAUUUAAGAGAGGACGAGUACCUUGAUGCCCCUCAGGUUCCCAGGAUGUUACGUUAUAUAUGUGAGGGAGAGCCUAAAUAUAGAGAACUUCAUGAGGAUUACUUCAGUAAUCAUAGUGUAAGUUAAUUUUUUUUAUUUUUGAAGUUGUGUUAAUAU